UGCAUUCUUUGCUUAUCAACUAUAUAAAGAUAAAAAUAUUAAAGACUCAAUGUGCUUGUGAGGACAAAAUUAUAUCACCUCUGCAGAGGACCUAACAUAGAGCCUGUAACAUGCCAAAGACCCAAAUAAUGGUGGCUGUAACAUUCCUUCAGUAUGGGUAAAUUAAUACUAAAGCUAGACAUUCUGAAAUAGAUUAUGGAUUAAACAAAAGCUCUAUUUUUUCCUCUAAAUAGUUAAAGAUGAAUAUGUCAGUAGCUAAAAUUUAUUUAACAAAUUAUUGAGUGUACAAGGCCUGAGAAAGCAAAACAGACUAAAUUUGUGGACCCACAUUCAAAAAUUGUUUUUAUUUAUGUCUCUGUUUAGAUAUCAGAGGUACAGUAUGAUCUCUGAAAACUUAAAGAACAUUUAUAAACAUAAAUUUAUGAAUAAAUUCACAACUACUUUGAAUACUUUCACUAGAUUCGUCCAAUCAUAAUAGUUCUAAAAGCCAUCAAUUCAUGUAACUGUCUGUGCAUAAAAAUGUACCAAAAUAAAUAAGCAUAAAAGAAAACCGACAGCAACCAGGUGCAGUGGCUCACGCCUGUAAUCCCUGCAGUUUGGGAGGCCAAGACAGGAGGAUCUCUUGAGACUGGGAGUUUGAGACCAGCCUGGGCAAGAGAUGAGGAUCUCUUUUAGAAAAGAUAGUAAAAGAAAACAGAAAAUGUAAUGCUAUAGAAGUUUUCAGGGGAAAUAACAUAGGACACAAAUUUCUCUUGUGUCCUAGCAAUUAUUUUCCAGAAAACUUUCCAGUUGCCAUUUAUCCUUGAGUAUGCUUUAGAAACAGUGGCUCCAUCUGUCUAACAUCUAAUAUUUAUAUCAAUUUAUUCAAUUUUUAGAAAUAAUAAAUUUAAAUCUCAUGGAGCUUAAAUGGCAAGUUUAUAGCUAUAAUGAAAUUAAGACACAACCCUACAUUUUAUAUUUUUAAAUCCAAUUACCUUGACAUUAUAUAACAAUAAAUAGCUGGUUCAGUCAAUUUUGGCAAUGUGCUUCUCAAACUGAUGAAAAACUACUAGCACAGACAUUUGGUUAAAUUGUUUAGUAUUUGGAUUAGAUACACUAGUCAAUGUUCCCAUUAAUAUAUAGCCUCAAAAUAUAGGUUGGGCAUUUUUCAUCUGAAAUAUCCCCACUAUAAUUAGCCCUGUCAGCUUGUAUUAUUUCAAGUAUCUUCACUCGCAUAUAUCUCAAGGACAUUUAAAUGUACCAUGGAAUUAACUAAAUUAGUGAGAUAUGCAAUAAUUUGUAUUAUAGUUCCAUUAAAUAUAUAUGUAUAUCCAGAAUAUGCACACAUGUGCGUGUGUGUGUAUGUAUGUAUGUAUGUAUUAAGACAAGUUUCAAGUGAAUAUAUCAAAAUAUUUAAAGGUAUUUUUAAAAUAUUUUUCUUCUCAACCACUGGCUUCAGUUUAUCUGAGUCAUCCAUGGAGGAACAUACAUUAGAGAAUGGGAUUUGUCUGGAAAACAGAGGAUAUUGCCUGGAAUACAGAUCUCCAUCAUCGGGGAAUUCAUCCUGCAAAAUUGUGUCCAAUGGAGAAUUAAGUCCCUAGAUACACACACCUCUCAUGUUAUCUCCUAAUAAUAACACACAGAUUAUUUCAAUUUUCGGUUGUUCACUCUGUGCAAUUACUGCCAUUCAAUCACCCAAGCAGGAUGAAUCACAGUAUUGUAACUGAGUUCAUUAUUCUGGGCUUCACCAAAAAGCCUGAACUCCAGGGAAUUAUCUUCCUCAUUUUUCUCAUCAUCUAUCUCGUGGCUUUUCUUGGCAACAUGCUCAUCAUCACCGCCAUAAUCUAUAACAACACCUUGCAUACGCCCAUGUAUAUUUUCCUUCUCACACUGGCUAUUGUGGACAACAUCUGCACAACAAGCAUCAUACCAAAGAUGCUAGGGACCAUGCUAAAAUCAGAAAACACCAUUUCAUAUGCAGGCUGCAUGUCACAGCUCUUCUUCUUCAUAUGGUCUCUGGGAGCUGAGAUGGUUCUCUUCACCACCAUGGCCUAUGACCGCUAUGUAGCCAUUUGUUUCCCUCUUCAUUAUAGUACUAUUAUGAGCCACCAUAUGUGUGUAGCCUUGCUCAGCAUGGUCAUGGCUAUUGCAGUCACCAAUUCUUGGGUGCACACAGCUCUCAUCAUGAGGUUGACUUUCUAUGGGCCAAACACCAUUGACCACUUCUUCUGUGAGAUACCCCCAUUGCUAGCUUUGUACUGCAGCCCUGUAAGAAUCAAUGAGGUGAUGGCAUAUGUCGCUGACAUUACCCUGGCCAUAGAGGACUUUAUUCUUACCUGCAUCUCCUAUGGUUUUAUCAUUGCUGCUAUUCUCCGUAUCCGCACAUUAGAAGGCAAGAGGAAGGCCUUCUCAACAUGCUCAUCCCAUCUCAUAGUUGUGUCUCUUUACUAUUCUCCUGUGAUCUACACCUAUAUCCGUCCUGCUUCCAGCUAUAUAUUUGAAAGAGACAAGGUGGUAGCUGCACUCUAUACUCUUGUGACUCCCACAUUAAACCCAACAGUGUACAGCUUCCAGAAUAGGGAGAUGCAGACAGGGAUUAGGAAGGUGUUUGCAUUUCUGAAACACUAGUAGUUUUGAUGUGGGACAUCACCUAUCUACUCUAGAACCAUUUUCUAGAGCAUCUCAGAUUUUACUGAUCUUUCAUAGUUACCUCCAUUCCAAAUUUCCCCUCUUAUUCCUGCCUUCUUCCUAGCAGUCUCAUUAUCUCCAAAAUUCUGUACUCUUAUGUGAAGAAUAUUCAUAAAGCAAUAUAUGCAAUACACUCACAUAAAUAUAUAUAAUGUAUAUCCCAACAUUUUCCAAAAAUGUGUACAUAACUUCUAAUAUUUAUAUAUGCAUAUACACAAAUAUUUGCCUAUAAGGGCAUGAGCACAUCAUACAUGCAAAUAUCACAAAACAUUUUAUGUAUUUUGUGCUGUUUAUUUGUUGUUAUGUGAAUGUGAGAGGAAGAAAAGUAGUGUGUGUGAUAAAUUUUCCCUUCCUGAAUAGGCUGGGUUAAUUUGCUUGGAGCAUUGUAAUAAUGAGGCAUCUACUCUGGGAUUCAACCUCAUUAAGUUAUUUAGAUUUCAUUGGAGAAAUUGUCGCACAUAUAUAUCAUGGAAUAUUAUGCAGUCAUAAAAAAAUGAGUUCAUAUCCUUUGUGGGG